AUGGCGGAUUCAUGCCGGAACCUCACGUACGUGCGGGACUCGGUGGGCCCAGCCACCAGCACCCUGAUGUUCGUGGCGGGCGUGGUGGGCAAUGGGCUGGCGCUGGGCAUCUUGGGGGCGCGGCGGCGGUCGAGCCCCUCGGCCUUCGCCGUGCUGGUCACCGGGCUGGCGGUCACCGACCUGCUGGGCACGUGCUUCCUGAGCCCGGCCGUGUUCGCGGCCUACGCCCGCAACAGCUCGCUGCUGGGCCUGGCCCGGGGCCGCCCGGCUCUGUGCGACGCCUUCGCCUUCGCCAUGACCUUCUUUGGCCUGGCCUCCACGCUCAUCCUCUUCGCCAUGGCCGUGGAGCGCUGCCUGGCGCUCAGCCACCCCUACCUCUACGCUCAGCUGGACGGGCCCCGCCGCGCCCGCCUGGCGCUGCCCGCCAUCUACGCCUUCUGCGCGAUCUUCUGUUCGCUGCCCUUCCUGGGCCUGGGCCAACACCAGCAGUACUGCCCCGGCAGCUGGUGCUUCAUCCGCAUGCGCUCGGCCGAGCCGGGUGGCUGCGCCUUCUCGCUGGCCUACGCCAGCCUCGUGGCCCUGCUGGUGGCCGCCAUCGUCCUCUGCAACGGCUCCGUCACCCUCAGCCUCUGCCGCAUGUACCGCCAGCAGAGGCGCCACCAGGGCUCGCUGGUCCCCGGCCCCCGGGCAGGCGAGGACGAGGUUGACCACCUGAUUCUGCUGGCCCUCAUGACGGGCAUCAUGGCCGUGUGCUCCUUGCCUCUUACGAUCCGCGGCUUCACCCAGGCCAUCACCCCAGACAGCAGUGAGAUGGGAGACCUCCUGGCCUUCCGUUUCAAUGCCUUCAACCCCAUUCUGGAUCCCUGGGUCUUUAUCCUCUUCCGAAAGUCCGUCUUCCAGCGGCUGAAGCUCUGGUUCUGUUGCCUGUACUCGAGGCCUGCCCAAGGCGACUCUCGGACGUCCCUCUCUCGGUCCGCCUCGGGGAGGAAGGACUCAAGCGCCCCCCCGGCUCUUGAGGGGAAAAAGGGGAACUGGGUGCCUUUGUCAGCCUGGGGCGAGGGGCAGGGGGCACCCUUACCGGCUGCACAGCUACCUACCAGCACCAUGGUAACACCCUCCAAAGCGGGGUCCGAGGCAGCCUGCUCCCUCUGCUGACAUCUGCCCGGUGAGCUCCCGCCCUGUCUUCCGGCCGCAGCUGCCAGAAAUUCAGGGACAUGAACGAUGGCUGCGGGCGGAUCAGCCCGGAGAUGGUUCCUGGAGCCCUGCCGGCCGGAACAUGGACCCUCUGGAUUCAGGGGAUGGUCAGCUGCUAUUUCUCCUUUCUCUGGGUGGCCACGAGGGCUGUGGGAGGAGGGAGAUGGCGAGAGGAAUUACCCUGGAACAUGAAAAGAACAGUUGUCUCAAAAUAUCCGGCGGCCUGGCCGGUCUGGUCUGGCCGUCACUUGCCCAUCCAUCUCACUGUCUAAAUAUUUAGAAGGCAGAAAUGUUCCCAGCAGCUUCUGUGUGCUCAGGUCUGCUCUGGUUAGGGUUCUGCCUCUGAUCUUCCUUCGUUCAGGGUGCUCCUGAUGCCCACCCCAAGGCCCCAGCAGACAGCCCUGAGCCCGGCUCUGCGGGGUGUUGGGGGAGCCCAAGAGCCACCCCCUCUCUGCCUCAUGAAAGCCUGGGAUUUCCUGACAAGUUCUCUGUUUCCCUUUCC